CCACCUCAAUCGCCAUCCAAAUCCCGUCUUCAAUCUCCCUCCAAAUCCAAACCCAGAGUCCCCUCACAACAGAUUCGUCAGAGUCUAGACGCCUUCUGGGAUGCAGACCGAGUCAACGACUGGAACGAUCAGUACUCUCCGCACAAGGUCCUCAAGUCGCCCCGGAAGCUCAAAUUCACGGUAGAUGAGCGCUCGGUGUCGCCCUUUGGAUCUCCGAGGAAACUGCAAAGUCCUGCAAAAGACGCCGUCCGUGCAGAGCGAGAGGCCAAGAAAGCCUUCGAAGCGAGAAAACAUCGUCUGGCAGAAGAUUUCUUAGCAGAACUCGACCGCGUCGUGGCAGACGGCGAAAUCCAACGCCUCGCCAGCACCACCGGCGGCGUGAAAUUCAUCUGGAGCAAAACGCUCAACACCACCGCCGGCCGUGCAAACUGGCGCAAAGAAACCACCAAAACCACUAGCCCGGACGGCAGCAUCCACGCAACAUACAAACACUUCGCCUCCAUCGAACUCGCCGAGAAGGUGAUCAACGACGCGCACCGCCUGCUCAACGUCAUCGCCCACGAAUUCUGCCACCUGUGCAACUUCAUGCUCUCCGGCAUCAAAGACCAGCCGCACGGCCGACAAUUCCAACUGUGGGGCGCGAAGUGCACUCGUGCGUUUGCGGAGCGCGGCGUCCGCGUCACCACUAAACACUCGUACCAGAUUGACUAUCGGUAUGUAUGGCAGUGCAGCAAUGAAGAGUGCGGGGCGGAGUUCAAGCGGCAUUCGAAGAGUAUUGAUCCCGCGCGGCAAAGCUGUGGG